AUGAAAAUCGACCAGGGAGACGCACCUCAAGCAAUUGCCCCCUCGGAUAAGGAGCGAAGCGCUGGUAUCUACUCGCCACGGAACCUGCAGCGAGUACUAUCAGGGCUGCAUCAAGAUGGAUUGGUGGUUUUGAGGGGUGUGAUAGACCUCGGUCACGUUGAUGCACUGAACGAUGCCAUGUGCAACGAGGUGGAAGAGAAGAUCGCUGACCCUACCCAGGUGUUCAAUCAUGAUGUCAAAUCCAACUUCUUACAAAGGCCGCCGGUGACACAGCAAGACCUCCUGCAUGAAGACGUCUACUUCAACUCGUUCCUGCUGCAAGUCGCCAGCGCUUAUCUCGGCCAGCCGCCCAUCUGGAACUGGCUCACAGCCAACACGGCCCUGGCCAACACGGCCGGGAUGCGCCAGAACGAGCACAAGGACUCCAUGUUCGACCACCCGCGGUGCCCCUACUACAUCAUCGCCAACGUGCCCCUGUGCGACUUCAGCACCGACAACGGCGCGACCGAGUUCUGGCUCGGCUCGCACGCGGGCACGACCCUCGGGGACCAGCUGCCCGUCACCGACGCGACGCGCGCCACGUGGGCGCCCAAGGACGCGGCGGACCGCAUCCCGUGGAUCUCGGACGGGGCCAAGGAGGCGCGUCGCGCGAUGAGGCCGCCGGUGCAGCCGGAGGUUGUGCGGGGGGACAUCAUGAUUCGGGACCUGAGGACGUGGCAUGCUGGGAUGCCGAAUCAUAGUGAUAGGCAUCGGAUCAUGCUUGGGCUGGGAUACCAAAGCCCUUUCCAUCCGAACUACAAGCAGCGCAUGCAUCUUCCUGCGUCACAGCAGGAAUUCUUCAUGGGUCGUGCACGCGGAAGAGUCGAGGUUAGGGCCAAUUUCCAUGAUGACGAGGAGUUUGCGAAGACUAAAGCAGACGCGAUCUUUGAUCUUCGGCCUCAGUACGGGGAGGAUGAGUAG